CAUCAUCUUGUGAUCAGAUCAGUGAUCGGGCCCGAAAAUCCUGAUCAUGUGAAGUCUAUCCAUCAAUCCAUUUUCAAUACGAAUAGCUUAUUACAGUAUGAGCCAAAAGUUAUUACGAUAUUUGCCAGUUCUUAAAUUUUGGGCUUAAUGCAUUUUAAAAAGGGUCAUUUUAUAAUGGUAUGGUGGCAGGGGUGUGGCCAGGUCACCUGGAACCCAUUCAGGAUAAUUAGACCAUGUUUUUAAGGUUUGCGUGUAUGUGGCUUAAUUUUACAGAUUGUUGUACCUUGAUGUCAAGUUACCGCAGUUCCAUGUCCUUGUCUACAAUCCACUGUGUAUUGAACCCUGCCUCGUUGACAACCUUGCCUCUCCAUCACUUGCCGCGGUCAAGGAAUAUAAGAGUUUGAGCUUAAAGUAGUUCAUUAGAUGUUGCUACAUCCUGUGUAUGAAAGUGUGAGACUGUAAAGUGCUGAGUGUGUGACUGGUGAAACGAAACAGGGUAUGUGGUGCAAGAAUGGAAUGUUUUAGAACAGACGGUGCUAACUGCAAGGAGGGUGCGGAGACAGAGGAGUCAGAGGCAGUUGGUGGAAAAACUACUGUCAGGAAACCACCACCAGGAGGAGUCAGCAUGCGAGUCUGCAGGGGAGGAGUCGGGCCAACAUCCGGCGGACCAAAGGAGACUAAUGAGAGCGCGCCAAGGAUACCUGCAGGAGACACAGAACCAAUAGUGAAUCAGUAGAUUGUACUUUAAAAUUGUUCUGGGAAACGCGGAUGUAGAGUACGUCGGCUGAGGGAACAGAGACGUACAGGGUUGUAAUGAGAGGGACCCGAGACCCAGAAAUAAUAAAUUCCAACAAUUUAUGGUGACCCCGACGUGAUGCAAGAGAGGUAAAAGAAGUCCGGGACUUCGAGAAAAACCACAAGAGUCUGGGACUCGGGUCAGGGACCCACGUCCACACCAGGUGACGACCUGACAAAGGAGCCACGUGUCCGACCGUCUUUCCUCUUGGGCCCACAGUGAAACAAGGUAAGCAGACUCCUUUUCAAAUUCUGCACAUUGGCAACGCUAAAUUAUAAGAGGAAGGAGGAGCCGAACGGCGUAAAAGUGUAAUAGUGUGGACAUUAGUAGGGUAUAAAAUCUGGGAUUUACCUACUAGAAUAGUUUGGAACUAUUCGUGGUUACGAUACGGUUUAAAAUCUGGGUUUUAUGUAUCAGUGUGGAAGCGGUGUGAGUGUGAGUGUGAAAACUAACAUUGUUCUGCGUAAAAAGUGGUUGGGACAUGCGCGGGUGGAUUUAAAGAUGGCGAAUGAGAGGAAGUGUGAGAGGGGUCUCGGGUCCAGCACUUCAGACGAACGGACUGAAGUCUGGUCGAAGAUUAAUGGUCAUUACGCUAAGAUGGAAUCACAGUUGAUUAGUGGAAUAGAAAGUAAGAAAAUUAAGAAGGAAAAAGAACAGAGUCAGAAGUUGUUUCUGAAAUUAAAGAAGGAUGAAUUGUUUCACGGAGAACCCGGAACAUGGGACAUGGCGAAGUUAGCGCGACAGUUACAGAAAAAGGAAAGCAGAAUGUUGGCAGAUGUUCGAGAUAUGAAGGAGGAUCAGAGCCAAGUCGGAUGGCGACAGCGUAGUAAACUUGAGAAGGAAGUGAAGAAAUUGGAGAAAGAUAGACGAGGCAUUCACCAAUUGGCAACUAUCGCUACUGCGCUGGCGGCGAUAAAAGAGGAAAAGAGUGAGAAUGAGGUGAAGAAAGAGGAUGAACUGAUUGAAAAAGUGGAAGAAAAGACGGAAUGUCUGAGAGGCAUUUAUCCACAGUUGUCGGACUCGCGACAGUAUGUGUUUGCGCCGCCACCGUAUCCGACGGCGCCAGUAAUGCCCCCCGUAGUCACCUUGGGGGGCAGAAUGGUUUUAGAUGUAGAAGAUGAAGGUUCACUGAUGGCGCCAGCGACCAUACAGUUGAUUGAACAGGCUGUGAAUAAUGAGAGAAAGAGAGUGCGCGGGAAACAGCAGGGGAGUGUGGAGUCGCCCGUGAUGGCGCCAGGGGCGGAGCUAGCAGGAGACGGGGGCACCACUCGUGCAGUGAGUAAGAGGACUCCGAAGCUGAUGAAGAAGGAGGAAUCGCGGAAGUUGUUUGAAGGACAAAGGGUGCCGAGUGAGGAAAGAGAGAUGUUAGAGGAAGUGAUGACGGGGACACGGAAACAUGGGCAGGCAAUGCCCAGCGACGCUGAUCACCGCGAGAAGGAAAUGGAAAGUGAUGAGGAAGACGAGGUGGUGUUACGUGAACAGCGGCAGAUUCUCAGACCGUUGAGUGAGGAGAGCAUGCCCAGGGCGGAGCGAGGCUAUAAUACGCGUAGUAAAGGGAAAAUGAUGGCACAGCAGGAGCAGCCUCAAACAAUGGCACCCCUAGUGGUGACUCAUGCUGGCCGUCACUAUGAGCCUUUGGUGCUUCGGGAUGUGGCUGCAUUGGUGGAAAAAUUGCCCCCCAUCCAUAAGGGGGCACGAGCCUGGAUUACAAAAUUCUUAGCUGCCAUGUCAGGACAGGGAGUAGCAUUGGGGGAUUUUAGACAAGCCAUUUUGGGAUCAUGUUCCCUGAUUCAAUUACAGAAUAUUGAGGGGGCAGCUGGCACUCGCCAGCUGGGGAGAGAAACGCCCCUGGCUGAGAUCUCGGAGGCGUUGUUUCGGGAGCUGAGGGCGGCCUUUCCCUCCCCAGUGGAUGUGGUGCCAACAAUUUUUAAUUAUGGAAAAAAUGUGACUCCCGAGCAACAUUAUGCUCAGGCAUUGGAGCUGUGGAUUGAGACCACAGGCAAACACCCAGGCAGCUACCCUGAAGAUGAGAUGAUGUUCAGGACGGCGAUGCUGAACGGCCUCCCAAAUGAGGUGCAAGCGAUUAUGAGAUUGAUCCGGACAUUUUGGUCUGUCCGGAACUGA